ACAUUACUAAAAAUUAUAGCACAUCUCAAAAGAGAAUACAAAAAAGAAAACAAUGGAUUGGUUGGGAAAAAGUUCAAAAGUAGAAGGCAAAAAUGAGUUGGAAAAUCUUGGCAUAAGAUUCGAACCCAUCCUGUUUCAUCCUGAUCUUAAUGAAUAUGAGUUGCGAAUCCAAAUCCCAGGUUGCCCAAGGAAUCUGAUAAAGUUAACUUACGACAAGGCAUCGGGACAGCUUAAGCUGCAGGGAAAGAAGCAGAAAACAGAAUUCGUUCAUCAAUUUCCUGUUCCGGACGACUGCUUAGCCACCGGAAUCUAUGGCCGAUUUCGAGGUGAUGUUCUUCACAUCAUUAUGCCCAGAUUGCUCUCUGAAUGGCCAGCUUCUGAAGCUGCCCCUUCAAAGCAAGAAGAUGAUCGAAAGUCUUCGUCUGAUCAGCCACCGACGAAGCAGGUAGAGGAAAAUCGCGAAAAAUUGCCUGCUAGGGUUCCGGAACCAUCGCCGUCCGUUCAGAAAUCCACCGACAAAUCGACGGAAGGAGGAAAAAGUCGCGAUAAAUUACCUGCUAGGGUUACGGAACCAUCUCCGUCCGAUCAGAAAUCCACCGGCAGAUUGACGGAAGGAGGAGGAAAAGAUCGCGAGAAAUUACCUGCAAAGGUUUUGUCAUUGCCGCCGCCGUCUGAUCAGGAAAUGACGGAGAAACUGAGGCAAAGAGACAAUGAACUAUUCCCCGAAAUCUCCGCUCCGCGACCGGUCGUUCGUGAAUUGGGCGGCUCAGUCAAGGAACUCAGAGAAAAUUACCAAAAGAAAAUCUCUAAAAUUGCCGCACCACCACCACCUCCUCCACCGCCAACGCCACGUGCCGCGGCUCCGGCGCCAUGGAAUCGGAUAACGACUAAGAUCGGUUCAAGAAAAGAAGAGGAGGAAGAUCGAGAGCCAUCGUCUGAUCAGAACAAGGCCAAACAGGGAGACGUUGAACUGGAAAAAUCAGUCGUAAAAUCUCAGAACAAAGAGGGCGAAUUAGGGCAAGAAGUUGCUAAAAACAUGAAAAUCGCAAUGGCCGAACAGGGAGACGAUGAAUCGGAGAAAUCAGUCGUCAAAUCUCCGAAGAAAGAGAGUAAAUCCGGGCAAGAAGUUGCUAAAAACGCGAAAAUAGUCACUGAAUCGAAGGAUAAAGAAGAAAGCAAGGAGGAAAAACCUAGCGCCGGCGGGAAGGAAACAUUAGGACUGGUGGCCAAAGUGAAGGAGACCGGCAAGGCUGCGGUAGCGGCGGCGAUGAAGGAAGAAAACCGGCCAGUGGUGAUGAUUGGGGCUGCUGUUUUAGCCCUUUUGGUAAUUGGAGCUUCAUUGAGGUCCUCUAGUAAAAAAAUUAAAAAUUAAUUGUAAACAUUGUAAACAUUGAGCCUGCAGAUUUAAUUUGAAUCAAUUUAUGUAUAUAAUAUAUGAUAUGUUAUGAAAUUUAGAUGGAAUACGGAUAUGAAAAUAUAUAAUAUAA